AUGGAUGGAUUCAACGAGAACUACCUGAAUGAUGAUGACGAUUUCAUGGGAGAUGAAUUUGGGCAAGGAGUUGACAGUGAUGAUGGUGAUAAUUAUGAAAAUGAUAUUGACAUUAUAACUGAUAAUCAAAUUAAAAAGGAGAAAUCUGAUUACGAGAAUUCUGAAGGGAAUGAUGAAAAUAUAAGAAUAACGAGCCCAUAUUUAACAAAAUAUGAAAAGGCAAGAAUUAUAGGUACACGAGCUUUACAGAUAAGUUUAAAUGCCCCUUUAACAAUACCCAUUGAAACACAAGGGAUUGAGGUUUCAAACGGAAAGAAUGAAUAUGAUAAUUACUUAAAUAACGAUCCUCUGGUUAUAGCAGAAAAGGAGUUACAUAACAAGUCGAUUCCAUUCAUAUUGAGGAGAUAUCUCCCGAAUGGCAGCUAUGAGGAUUGGAAAUUGGAUGAACUCAUUAUUGACUAG